AAGAAAAAAUGAAAAAAAUGUUAGAAUUACUACCUGAACGUUGCAAGCUUAUAACAUUGCUUUGCGAAGAUGUUUCUUUGAAAAUACCAACGAGAUGCAAAGAGAUAAGAUCCCAAAAUCCGUUUCGCAUAUUAUGUACAUUUUUACCACGAAUUCCGGAAGUAAAAAUAAAAGUAUUUGAAUUAAAAGAACAUAAUGACAUACAGAAAACAGCUAAUUAUCAGAAGAUAAUAAAAACAAUUAAUAAUUAUACAAAAUCUAAGACAAAACACGAGAUGUCUACAUGUCUUUUAUUAUUUUAUGAUUUUGUAAGUCAAUCCAUAGCAGAACGUUGGAUCUCAGCCAUACAAAGAAGCAAAGGAAAUGACAUUGUUUCUGUAUGGGGUGGUGAGGUAUUAAAGAUUUAUUUAAAACGUAAAUAUGUUAAUGAUUUUAAUGAAACGUGGAUGAACUACAAACAAGAAAUGUUUCAUCUUGAUUUUUCUUGUGUUGCUGUCUUAAUCACGGGUUAUAUAAAGACAUGGUCUAUGAUUUUGGACCAGAGAUGUGGAACAAAUUAUUUUAAUAUAAAGGAGCAGAUUGAAGCAACAUUUAAAUUAUUUAAGGACAAAGUGAAAUUAAAGAAACAUUCCAUAGGAUUUAGACUUGCGAGUUUUUGUGAAUACUGUUCUUCAAAUCCUGUUGGUUAUUUUGAAAAUUGCAAAAAUAAAAGUAAAUUGGAAUUAACAAUAUUCCAAAAUUUCUUUCCUAGUGUACCCGUAAUAAGUUGUUAUGGUUAUGACGGAUUUGGAAAAACUACUUUUAUUAACAAGAUAGACAAAGAAAGAAACAAUGAAGAGGAACAUAAAUGUGAGAGAUCUUGGUUUACUAGCGUGUCUACUGUUUAUUUGAUUCUUACGUAUGGCUGAUAUUUUGAAAAAAGUUAUAUCGUUAAUAAAUGUUUAUGAAGUUAGUUAAUAAAUGCGCGUUAACGAUCUUUGUUGCUCUGUGAAAUAAUUGGGAUUAAAAUGUAGUUAUUUAUGCAAAGCAUUAACAAGACUUUGUAUGUAUUUUUUUUAUAGAUUAAAAAUUUUUUUUUCCAG